UUGAACGAACCAGUCAAGCAGAAUAACCUGCAAAUAAAAUCCCAGUCAAAACAAAAUUUUAUAUUCAAUAAUAAAAAUAUUCGAUUUAACAAUGGCCGAAGAUCAAAUUAGAGCACAGCUGGGACAGCUAGCAACGGCCCACGUGAGCGGGCCUAUUGACUGGGAGAUAGUACAUGAGCUGGGAAGAAGAGCAAGAGAACGAAGACUAUCAGAUUCCACUCAGCCCCGACUGCCAGAGUCGUCCACUAGGCGUACCGUGCCCCUCGCUACCAGACCGGAACCAGACCAGUCGCUUGGGCCUGUGUGCCCUUGGGGUGAGCAACACCAAACUAAUACCAAUGCAACAAGCCCAGCCAUGACUGACCAGUCGCUUCGGGCUGUCGAUUCUGCCCCAAGCGAUCCACUCAGUUGCCGUUGGGUGCAAGCGAGCACCGAAAGCAGCUCCAGCUACGAGUGUCCCCUCUGUUUGGAGCCUGUGCAGGCGCCCGUUGCCACCAGUUGUGGACACGUCUUCUGCAGCCACUGUAUUUCUACCGCGCUGCGCAUCUCCCAAAGGUGUCCCUUGUGCAUGGAACAUGUGUCAAUAGAUAAAACAAUUCGAAUUUAUAUAUGAUUAUUACAUCAUAUGAU